AUGGCAGACGACCGGGUCUUCAACGCGCCGUGGUCGGAUAAGACAAAGUCGAAGAUGGUGUCUGAGAGCCCCGUCACGGAGGCGCAGCCCCAGCACGAGCAGCAGUUACCGGAAAAGGGCUUUGAGGAUGUCGACUACGAGAAGUACGGCGCCAGCCGCGAGUCGAAUCCGCUGCCGGAGCUGAAGCGCAAGCUGAAGAGCAGACAUUUGCAGAUGAUUGCCAUUGGUGGUACCAUCGGAACUGGUCUUUUCAUCUCGAGCGGAACGGCUAUUGUCGACGCUGGUCCUGUGGGUGCGCUGAUCGCUUAUAUCUUUGUCGGAACUAUCGUCUACUCGGUCAUGACGGCGCUGGGUGAACUUGCGACGUAUAUACCCAUUCCCGGUUCGUUCACGACGUACGCGGCACGGUUGAUCCAUCCCAGCUUGGGUUUCUCGAUGGGUUGGAUCUAUUGGUUCUCGUGGGCGUCGACCUUUGCUCUCGAAUUGACCACGACCGGUUUGAUUAUUCAGUUCUGGGACAGCACCAUUCCCAUCUCUAUCUUUAUCGCUGUAUUCUGGGUUAUGAUCAUCAUUUUUAACUUGAUGCCCGUGAGCUUCUAUGGUGAAAUGGAGUUCUGGUUCUCCAGCAUCAAAGUGAUUACCGUUAUUGGCUUCAUGAUCUUCGCCAUCUGCAUGAACGCCGGUGUGGGUGACGAGGGAUAUAUCGGAUUCCGUUACUGGGUGGACCCUGGUCCUUUUGUGGCUCCAAAGGCAUAUUUGGUGGAAACUAUGACUCCGUCUGUGGCUAAGUUUGUCGGAUUUUGGUCGGUUCUGAUCAAGGCCGGUUUCUCUUACCAGGGUACCGAGCUUGUCGGUAUCGCGGCUGGUGAGACUGAAAACCCUCGCAAGACCGUGCCGUCUGCCAUCCGCAAGACUUUUAUCCGAAUUGUCGUCUUCUUCAUCCUGACCAUUUUCUUCAUCGGAAUUGUCGUGCCCUCCACCGACGACGGUCUCGUGACGAGCGAGGGUGCCGGCGCCGACGCUUACAACGCCAAUGCUUCGCCAUUUGUGAUCGCCGCCAACCGUGCCGGUGUGAGCGUUCUUCCCGACAUCAUCAACGCCGUUCUCUUGACAGUCGUGCUCUCGGCGGCCAACUCCAACGUCUACAGUGGCAGCCGUAUCAUCGUCGGUCUGGCCCAGGAAGGCUUCGCGCCGCACUUCAUGAAGAAGACCUCCAAGGGUGGUGUCCCCUACUACGCCGUGGGCUUCACCGCCGCGUUCGGUCUACUCGGUUUCCUGAACGUCUCGAACGAGGGUGCAGAGGUCUUCAACUGGCUCCUGCAGAUCUCCGGUGUGGCCGGUUUCAUCACCUGGUGCUCUCUGAACGCCUGCCACAUCGCGUUCCAGCGGGCGCUCAAGGCGCGGGACGUGUCGCGCGAUAUUCUGCCUUACAAGGCGAUAUGGCAGCCCUGGCUGUCGUACUACGGCCUGUUCUUCAACAUCCUCAUUAUCCUCACCCAGGGCUUUACCUCGUUCAUUCCCCACUUCCAGGUCAAGGAGUUCUUCAUCAGUUACCUCAGUCUGAUCCUGUUCGUGGUGCUGUACCUCGGCCACUGGGCUCUGUUCCGGCCCAAGUUCGUCAAGCCGCUUGAUGCUGAUCUGGAUACGGGCCGGACGACGUUUGACAACGAGACGUGGGAGACAACCGAGCCGACCACGUGGUACGGCAAGGCCUGGCACUGGAUCUGUGACUAA